AUAAUAAUAAUAAAGUAAUAAUAAUAAUAAUUAAGCACGUGUUAGAAUAUGGGACGAGCACCUUGCUGCGAAAAAACGGGCCUCAAUCGAGGCAAAUGGACCGAGGAAGAAGACGAUAAGUUGAUCAACUACAUCAAAAUCAAUGGAGAAGGUUCUUGGAGAUCACUACCCAAGAAUGCCGGAUUGUUGAGGUGUGGGAAGAGUUGUAGACUAAGGUGGAUUAACUACUUGAGAGCAGAUUUGAAGAGAGGGAAUUUCACCACAGAUGAGGAGGAGACCAUUGUCAAGUUGCACAAAAGCUUGGGAAAUAGGUGGUCCUUGAUAGCCAGCUAUUUACCCGGUAGAACAGACAAUGAGAUAAAAAAUUACUGGAACUCACACUUAAGCCGUAGAAUUUACAGCUUCAGGUCCAUAGCCAACUCCCCCUCUCCUCUCUCCCCGGCUGACAUCAUCAAGAUGGCCAAAACAGCCAAGAAGAAGCCCACGGGCCGGCCCAUCCCUCCGAAACGCAGCAAAAACACGGCCCGCAAGCAGAAACGGGCCCCGGGCCAAGAACUCGGCCCGGCCCGAAUUAACAAAGUGACCACAAAUGUCGCGGGCCCGCCACAAAUGUCGAGGCCCGGCCCGAAAACGAGUUCCGGGCCGGAGGAGUCGGGCCCGGAUGCAGAGCAAAAGAGCGAAAGCCCGAUAAAAAGUUCGUCGAUCGAGGGCACGGAAGGAGGAGAAUGGGCCUUUGCCGCAUUUAUGGCAGAGGUUUCGGGCCCGUUAUGGGAGGAGGAGAUAGACGAGGAGGCAUUAAUGAACUUUGAGAAGUUUCUAGAAGAAAGUGAUGUCACGGUGGGACCGGAAGGAGGCAUUCUGCCUAUUAACGAUGAUGUCACGGAAAAAAACAUCGUGGCUUCAGAAAUCGAGAGCUUGUACGCGUGCUCGACGUCUCCCGUGGCUUCGUAUUUCGACGACCAAAUGUUUAGUUGGGAUGAUGGUGGAGAUGUGUUUGGGGACAUUGUUAGUAGUAUUUGGAGUGAGGAGGAAGAGGACAUUAGGAUUUGGUCAUAG